CUUAAGAAUAUUCUUCGUAUGCAUGUCAAAAAGGUCAAUUGCUCUGAAUGGGAGAUCGUUCCAGUCCCUACAAGUGUAAGGGCAGUAGUUGCUCUGAAUCUUCAUAGUUAUGGAAGUGGAAGAAAUCCAUGGGGCAAUCUUAAACCAGAAUAUUUGGAAAAGAGAGGCUUUGUUGAAGCACAAGUUGAUGAUGGACUUUUGGAAAUAUUUGGUCUAAAGCAAGGAUGGCACGCAUCAUUUGUUAUGGUUGAACUUAUCUCUGCAAAACACAUAGCUCAGGCAACAGCUAUCAGGUUGGAAGUAAGAGGAGGAGAGUGGAAAGAUGCGUAUAUGCAAAUGGAUGGUGAACCAUGGAAACAACCAAUGAGCAAGGACUUCUCCACAUUUGUUGAAAUAAGGAGGGAACCUUUCCAGUCACUCAUGAUUAGUGGAGAAUGAUUCAUUGUUCAAAGGUUCUUUCUUCUAUAUAUUGAUGGAAUUCAUAAUGUGUAUACAUAAUGUAAAUUUAUGUAUGGG